GUGAUGGCCACGGUAUCAUUCUUGUGGUGUUUUCCCCCUCUCUGUUCAACUUGUUGCUUUUGCUGUUUGUCUUUUGCCCCACAAUCCGAGCUGUUCAAACUCUGUAAGCUCGUUCGAGCUUAUUACAUUUGUUUGUUCCCUCUCCCUCGCCCGGGACGUCCGUCAGGCCCGGCGCAUUACCUACUUUCGCCCUGAGAGCACGAAAACAACAAUGGCGGACGAAGGAGAAUUGCGCCAGAGGAAGCCGGCGCCCGAGGCCAAGUGGACAAAGAUUGAUCCGUCCACCACAAAGAUCCGGACAAAAAAGGAGAUUGAAGACGAGGAAGAUGUCUACUAUCCCUGGUGGGAUCUCCUCCGGCUCACCGUCGGCCUGGCCAUCGCCUACUGCGGCCUGAGCUACUUGGCAAGUGGCGGCGAGACCUACUCGAUCGGUUAUGAGGUGCCCAUGAAGUAUCUGCACCUUGACUCGAUUCCGAACCCAUUUAGAAAGCCAAUAUGGAUCACACCCGAGGAACUGGCAACUUUCGACGGCUCCGACGAGAACAAGCCGGUCUACCUUGCCAUCAACGGCACCAUCUACGACGUCUCAGCGAACCGCCGCACCUACGGGCCCGGCGGCUCGUACCAAUUCUUUGCCGGCGUCGACGCCUCGCGCGCCUACGUGACGGGGUGCUUUGCCGAGGACCGCACGGCCGACAUGCGCGGAGUCGAGGAGAUGUUCCUGCCGAUCGAGGACCCCGAGGUCAACAAGCACUUUUCGGCCGCGGAGCUCGAGGAGAUGCGCCAGAAGGAGCGGGAGGAGGCCGACAGGAAGAUGCACGAUGCGCUCAAGCACUGGGUUCAGUUCUUCCGCAACCACAAAAAGUACAGAAACGUCGGCCGCGUCAAGAGGCGGAUCGACUGGCUGGAGAAGGAGCCGAAGCGGAAGCUGUGCAAGCAGGCGCAGGAGGGGAGGCCGAGGAGGAAGAUUCCUGGAGACAAGAAGACGACGAAGGAUGCUGCGGGUGGACAAUAGUUUGAUUGGUGGCUUGUGGUUUUCUGGGAAUCAUUAAGAGAAAAAAAGAAAAUGCAAAGGGUUCCCUUGGCGGCACGGUCCUUCUCGGGCGAACGUGUAAAGCAGUAAAUUUGCAGGCUCAAGCUACAAAUCCAAGUAUGCAGCCACAACAUUAGUAGCAUAUUGCAUUAUCUACCCUACAUCGUCCUCUG